AUGUAUCUUGGAGGAAAUUUUGCAUAUAAAAAGGCAUUGUUAUUAACGUUAGAAUGUGGUGUUAUUUCAACCAAAUCAUCGCUCGAAAAAUUUGCAGAUGGAUUUAACUUACAAGCAUUUCAGACAACAACGACGAACGAUGCUAGUGGCCAUGACAAAAUAGAUCGUCGACGUCUAAUGCAGCACUUUUUUUUUUAUGAACUGAUAAAAUUCAAAUUUUUCAUGGGACACGAAAGUGUUGAAUUACCAUCAGCGAUUGAUUUCAAAACAUCCGAUGAUUUUAUGCAUGAACAGUUUGAACAUUGCUAUCAGGAAUUCGUUUUUUUUUGGUCACAAUAUCAAGUGUUUAAACCAUGCAAAGCAUUAUGUUCCGUUGCUGCCGUUAUUGACGGACACCAGAAGUUUCGUCGUAGAAUCUGCAAACUGAAAAAUAUAUGUAUUAAAACAGACGAAUUUGAAUCUAUUCCUGUUGGAUGUUCUCACACACCUGCAUUUAAAAGUCAGUUUUGUUAUGAGCAUCAGCCAGCUCAAACACAACAAAUUCCACCAUCCGCAGCCUUACCACGUGGUAUUUUGUUGAAAUAA